AAUUGGUUAAAGGAAAAAAGGUGGCAGCACAAGAUAGGCAUGGCAGUCUGGUAGAUUAGUCUUAUAAACAGAGUCAAUUUGAGAACCCGAAUAAAAUAAACCCUACUCUCUCCUCUCUCCUCCACCUCUUUUAGCUGCCGCUCUCAAGGCUCAAGCUAUGAGAGCCGCCGAAGGAAAAACCAAGAAAACCAGGAGAGGACCGCAGCAUAGCCAAAGCCAAAGAAACAACCCAAGAACAGCAAUGCCGAUGUCGAAAGCUCCAAUCAUCGCAGUCGUUAUCAUAUUGGCGAGUCUCCUAUUAGACGCCGUGUGGGCACAAGAACCAUCUCCAACCAACGGAACGGCGGCAAAACGGAAGCUAUCUCUGGGAAGUAUGGCGCGGGAAUUUGUACUGGCCCACAACGUGGUCCGCGCCCACUACCAGGAACCGCCUUUCAAAUGGGACAGGGGCCUAGCCCGGUACGCGCGACGCUUCGCCUCGAAGCGCGUAGCUGAUUGCCUGAUGAUACACUCGUUUGGGCCGUACGGAGAGAACAUAUUCUGGGGUAUGCGGGAUCACUGGACUCCAACAGAUGUGGUGGAGUCAUGGGCGAAAGAGCACAAGUACUACAAUAAGGACACCAACCAGUGCACACAGGGCCAAAUGUGUGGCCACUACACCCAGAUUGUGUGGAGGGAUAGCGUUCGAUUGGGCUGCGCCCGUGUGAAUUGCCUCAAUGGAGGUAUGUACGCUAUCUGUUCCUACGAUCCUCCGGGCAAUUAUAUUAACGAGAACCCUUUUGACAGCAAAUGGAACUCCGAUUGGGACGACGAACCAGAGCCAGAUUCCUCCACCACUCCACCAACUUCAAUUGACCCUCCUUCCCCACCCUCACCACCUGCCGCUCAGCCCUCCCAAACUUAGUUGGACCCCCUCAUACCUUUAUACUUGCCUCCGCAGCUCACCAUUGUAUAUAUUACGCAUCUAUAUCAAUAAAUUUUAUUUAUUUAUUUUUUCAUGCACAUAUUAUUUUUAUUCGCUAUAUGUAAAGUUUAGGCAUGGCAUCACCACACAUUCCUUUAUCCAUGUCCAUAUUUUAAAAUUGUUUUCAUAAUACUUUUGCAAUUUUGAUAUAAUUUUUGUUCACCUGUAUGGGUCAAACUCCCGUUUGGGCAAUGUAGACUCUGUUUUGUAUCAUCCUAUGAAUGACACAUUGAUUCUGGAAACUUGAAGGAA